AUGCCGAAUAGCAAUAGUAGUAGUCGCAGUGCAAAGCAAGGUCGCAUCCAAAAGAAAAUAUCCUUUGAGCUUAAUAUCAAGAGUGCCCGAAUCACCAUCCCUGAUUAAACCCCUGUCACCAUCUAUUGGAUUAGAGGAGGCAAAAAGAUUGACACAAGAACAAAGCAAGUCAUGAACAAUAAAGCCACUUUCAAUGAGAGAUUCGCAAUGAAAACAAUUCUAGACUUUGAUGUCUUCAAUGAUGAGUUCGAUCCUAAGCCUACGCCUGAGUAUGUUGGAGAAGCAGACUUUGAUCUGGCCAAAUAUGGGAAAUCGGUGUCGAUCACUGAGAGAUUAUAGAUGAGAGGGCAUGUAACAGAUGACUGCUUCAUUGAAAUCAUGGUCAAAACUAAGAAUCUUGAUGCCCCUUAGACACCAGGCAAUUUAACAAACACUGCAAUGAUUGAUAACAGAUUCUCGUAAUAAUUGAUGACUACGAGAAACAGUUCUACAGAAAACACCUUCUUUUAAAGAAGGAAUUCUGUUAAAAGCGAAGUAGACAGUGACUAUUAAGCUUUCAAAGAAGAGUUUGAAUAAAAAGAAUAGGAGUAUAGAAAUAGGAUACAUACAUUGAAAAAGGAAUUAUCAAUAGCCAAGGAAAGUCUGCAAAAGCACAGCUCAGAUAAUCAUCAAUCAAGAGAUAUGAAUAGUGCUAGAGAGACUUUAUACUAAUUCCUUGAUGAUGAUCAAAGGAAGUAAGUAAAUCUAAAGGAUAUCAAGAUCGCGCUGCUUAAGGAACAUAUUGACAGAGCUAAGGCUAAAUAACUUGAGUUGCUCAAAGGACCUAUGAAAAGGGUGAAUAGAGAAUGUGAUUUGAUAUUAAAUGAACUGGUCAAAUGUAAAGUAGCUUAUGAUUAGUGUUAGAGCCACAAUGAAGCCAAAUUAAGAAAGUUGAAUAGGUUCUUUAGUAUUGAGCAAUUUGAAGAGAUAGGCGGGGAUUUAAUGAGAAGAGAUUUAAGUAUGGUUGAUUCUUGUAUACUGGUAAAGGAUAAAAAAAGAACAGGCCGAGUUGAGUCUAAUUUAUUAAUGAUCACAUAAACAGCUGCAAAGAAAAUACUUGACAAGAAAAAUCCAAUCAGUGAUAUAAAUGAUCACAUCAUAUCCUUAGAAAAAUAAAAAGAUCUUUACCUCAAUAAAGACAAGUUAGAUUUGAAACUAUAAAGAGCAAUCCGAGCUUAAUCAGUAAAACCGAAUGGGCUUGACAAUAGGUUAUGA